CAAGGACCGUGCCUGGUAGAAGAAGCUAUAGAGUAAGAAGAGCAUCGGGCAUGGCAGCACGUAACAGCCAGCAGCACCACCAGUUCCACUACUAGCAACAGCAGCAGCACCGCCACCACCGGCAUAAGAAUUAGAAUCAUACUCGGACUUGGAGUCAGACUCAGUCAAGAGUCAGUUUGCCUGGCGCAGUCGCCGUUCGCGAGUUGCACUACCAUCAUCAGCACCACACCACCACCGGCUGCUCCUAUCAACUCAUAUCAUCAACUGCCGAGCAUCGAACUGCCCCUGGAACGGUUCCUAUAUCAGUUCGCCUCCUCGAAACGGGCCGUCGCGCGAGUUAAUUUUUUUUUGUCUAGUUCAAAAUGAAGCUCUGGUGGAGUUUGUCGAUGGUGGGUGUAAUCGCCUUCCUCAUGGUGAUAGUAUCAGCAUCCGCUGAAGCAGAUCUCUGGGAGGAGGAUGAAAAGGAGGUGCUUGUAAGGACUGCUCGUGGAACCAAGGAACGAGCUUGCAGAUAUGCGAAGGAUGAAUGGUCGGAGUGUGAUGCUAAGACUAACACGAGAACACGCACCCUCAACCUGAAGAAGGGCGACAAAUCCUGUCAGGAGACUAAGAUUAUUCAGAAGAAAUGCAAAAAAGGUGUGGCGGCAAAAUCAGCAUGCCGCUAUGAGAAGGGUACCUGGGGUACGUGUAUCAACCAGGUAAUGAAGAGAGUCGACAACCUGAAGUCAAACAGCGAUUCAAAUUGUGACAAGACGCGCAGUGUCUCCAGGAGGUGUAAGCCGGAAACAAACUCGAAGAAAACUACCAAUAAAGACGAUCGGUCGAACAAGAAGUCAGGCAAGCAGUAAAUGCUGAAGGUAAUUAUUGUGCCUGCGGCGUUCUCCUUCAGCGACCGGUUUUAUGAAAACAGAUCCAAUGUUUUCCAAGUGUAACUUUUACCGAUCCAUCGUCUAAUUAUGACAUGGAUAUGCACGCAGCAAGUUUAAGUAAGAGGAAGAUAAAGAAGAAAAAGGGAAAAAAAUUUUAAAAACAAGAAUUCAUCAAAAAUACUGUUAUGGCCACUACUCCUCUCUGUCGUCUCGAUGGGGAUGCGCCUUUCCUGUUGGCGACUUUCACGACGUUGCAAACGUAAACUCUUGUUGUUGGGAUACCAAUAAUAAAUUACAGCCCUAGGAAAUGCGUAUCCUGAUAACUUUACGUCUACAUUGUAGACCAAGUUGCGAUAAACAAUAUCGAUUGAUUAUUAUUACUGUACGUGAACAAGAUUAACUGACCCUAAUAUGAUUGAUCGCGGUUGACGGUUCCGUAAUCGUCAUUCUCAUGGAUCCUCAUAUCGCGAUCGGAUAUUAAUCGCUUCCAUUUUGAGUGGCCAAAAUACCUUGUUAGUGUAACGAGAACUUAUCUCGGUCUUAUUGUUAAUUAUUUCGUUUAUAAUCAAUCAGUUUAUCGACAACGAGCCGGGGACAUUGUGGAGAAGAGAUGCACGUGUAUGACGUAACAAUAAUGCGAAAGAAGCGUGAAGUAAGGAAAACCUGAGUUACUCGUUUAGUAUCGAUGACAUUGAUCGGUAAUAGAAAAUAGGAAGGGAAGUGGUUGAUUAUUAUGACAAUGGAGUUUGAUUAAUAGAUAAUUCAUAAUCGGAACUUUUUUCAAAAAUUAUCUGUGGAGCUUUGUCAAGGUGAAGGGAAGGAGAAACCUUGGAUCGUAACAUCGUUAACGUUUAUCAUUGUUGAUCCGAGUGCAUAUAUUAAUUAGACUUUAUGGGGAAUCAUUUUGAAUUCUUUUUUAAAAUACAGUAUCAGUUUUGACAUAUUAUCGUAUGAGGUUUGGCCCUAUUUUACGUUACCGUUAGAUAUCGAUUAAUCUACAGGCAUUUAUUAUGAUUGGAUAUUUCUGUUUCAUUAUUAUAGAGAUACUCGUUCGAUUCUUGUAUCAGUUAUAUGUAUGUUAAUUUCAUUAUUAAUUGCACGCUGACUUUUUAUUCAUUAAUAAGCUAGACGUACUUGAAAUCAGGUACAAUAUUUGUUGUAGGAACAUUUAGGUUUUGAGUAAUUAUGUCGUAUCAUUAAUCAUCCCCGAGUUUAGAUUACAAACAGUCCGAGUCAAGUGUCAAGUGAAUACAUAAUGACGUCACUUCCGACGUGAAGUCUUAUCUAGACGGUGAAUCAUUAAUUAAAUCCUCGAAACUUUUCUAAAGGCACUUAUAAUCUUGGUAGACACACGAAGGCAAGAAUAAAAAAAAAAGGAGCAUUAAAAUCAAACCAUUAGCAAAUAUCCCAAUUCUAAUAAAAAUCACUAGGCAAUGAUCACUCAAGGACACGAAUCGUUCGAAUAUACAAAAUUGUAUUUGUUUUAAGUCUAGAUAAGAUAAUUAAGAUGUCUAAUGAUAAAAAGUCAGUCGAUGCAAAUAAAAAUUUAAAUAGUAUUCCGUACUGCUAUUAUUACCGAUGCGAAAAUGUAUUACAAUACUACACAACUGGUUGCGCAUAAAGAAAAAAUAGAAAAAAAAUGUUUUACAGUAUUGUACAUGCACGUGAUUGAUCAGUACUGACAGAAGGAUUUAUAGCUCUAGAUGACAUCCACCAUAUCAUCAUUAUGCAUAAAUUAAGUCUAUUAAUUAGUAUAAGAUAGCAUUAUCUAUGUUCUAUGGGCCCUUCUAUUAUUGUUAAACGUCUAUUAAACUUAAUAGAUAUCGUGCUUGACCUCUCUAUGUAGUAAGUAAAAGAAAGAAAAAAAUUAACAAAAAAAAAGAAUACACGAGUUUCUCAGUGUCUUUAAUAACUGCAUUGUAACAUAGCAUAGUAGGAAAUAUGCUAAUGAUUAGAAGUGUAAUAUCAUUUUUGUCAGAAUUUCCAUAAUACAUAGUCUCUCUAUAGAUACCUUGAUGUAUUUCACUUCAAGGAAACAAAUAACAGUGUUUACGUUUACUCAUUAGAGAUAAAGUAUGAUAAUUAUCCGCUUCGAAUGUUUAAAGCAUUAAUCAGAUAGCGUGAUAGAUAUUAAUGUAUAUUUUAAUGGGCAUCAAACUUUUUCUAAAAUGAAACUUUGUUUCAUUCAUUAUUUGUACUUGCAACUGUCAUUUUACCUCUUUCUCAGCAUUUCUUAUUUUAUCAUUGAACGCAUACACUUUUCCAUAACGAUAUUCGUUCAGGUUUUCGUUUUUUCUUUGUUGAUCUGGUUUUUACACAUAAAAAGAUGAAAGGAUCACGCUGCAUUGUUUAAUCGACAUUUUUAUUCAAUCAUAUAAUAUAGAUUAAGGCAAAAACAUGUUUUAUGUUUUAUGUUCGUUUUGCUCGCUGACUCGAUUUUGAGAUUUAUUAAUCACUGAUAACACGUAAUCUUUUGGAAUUGUCAGUAUUUUUAUUUCCAUGCUGAUACGUCAUUACUCUGAGGAAAAUUGAAUAAUGUAUCUACUUACUUAUUAAAUGAGCGUUUAACCAUUACACAUGUAAUAAAAAUCCAAUGUUGUCAAUAAAAAUAAAAAUUACAUGUAAACUAA